UUAACCGUUCGCCUCUCGGAGCAGGAGCUCUAGCUGACCUUGUCUGUGCUGUUUACGUAAAAUUACAAAUAUGAUUAAAAUAACUCAAAUUCCACCUAAUAUUACUAAUUGCUUAAAGGUAUCGAAACAAGUUAUUGGUUCACUUAAUGGAGAAAUCGCCGCUCCAUUUCUCAUACCAAAGGAAAAAGUUAAAAUUCCUCCUUCGCCUGUUAAGCUAACCAACUCCAGUUUGUUUAGUUCGCUACCAAAAGGGCAAUUAUGUGCUCAGUCCGGUGGAUUUGGAGUCUUAGCUCAAGUGAGGUUGGCUCAUACAGAUGUACAAGUUCCAGACUUCGAUUUUUACAGGAAAAAAGAAUUACGAGAUCCCGCAAGACCUUCCAGAGAUGUGAUAGAUAAUUAUAAAGGUGGAAGCUACUUGAUCAUGGCAGUUGGAGGUAUCGGUGCUGCUUAUGCGGCCAAAAACACAGUUACAAAGUUUGUUUCGUCGAUGGGUGCUGCUGCUGACGUCUUAGCUAUGGCCAAGAUUGAAGUCAACCUUGGAGAUAUCCCCGAAGGUAAGAAUGUGACCUUCAAGUGGCGUGGAAAACCACUCUUUGUACGGCAUCGUACCUCUGAUGAAAUUCAGAAAGAACAGAGUGUGGAUGUGUCAUCGUUGAGGGAUCCUCAAGCUGACGUAGACAGGGCGACCAAACCAGAAUGGCUGGUCCUCAUCGGAGUCUGCACGCAUCUGGGAUGUGUGCCCAUCCCUGGAGUCGGAGACUAUGGAGGCUAUUUCUGCCCUUGUCACGGAUCUCACUACGAUGCAUCGGGGCGUAUCAGGAAAGGCCCUGCGCCGCUUAACUUGGAAGUCCCCCCUUAUGAAUAUGUAGAUGAGAAGACCCUACUUGUUGGAUAAAUUAAUCAAGGACUAGUUCAAGCAAAAUAUUUAUCAUUCUCUAAGGCAUAUAAUUAGAAAAUUGUACAGAAUUGAAAUAAAUGAUUUUUUUUUUCGUUUUA